GAGGCGGAUGGUCCUACUUCUUACCCAAUACGUUAACACCAUCCUUUGACACAGUACCAGGCAAACGAACCGAUGGCAGAAAUCUGAUAUCAGAGUGGACAGCAUUGCGAACGCAAGAAGGCUGCAACAAUGGAUUUGUAGUCAACAGAAAAGACCUUAAUAAUGUUAACCCUGCAUCUACGGACUGUUUAUUAGGUCUGUUUAAUUCGAGCCACAUGGGUUUCCACCUGGACAACCUUGCUUUGCCGGAGAGCAGUCGGAAGGAGCCGACACUGACCGAGAUGACGGAAAAAGCCAUCAAGAUACUGCAGAAGAAUCAAGAGCAAGGAUUUUUCCUUCUCGUAGAAAGCAGUAACAUCGACAAGGGUCAUCACGCUGGCGUAGCGGCGAAGUCUCUGUAUGAGACCCUGCAGCUAGACGAAGCAGUAACGCUGGCCCUGACGCUUACCGACGCUGACGAUACUCUGAUCAUCGUCACAGCCGACCACUCUCACGCAAUGUCCAUGGUUGGAUAUCCUUCAAGGGGAAACCCGAUACUAGGAAAGGUUGAGGAACCUUCUGAUGUGGAUUUUCUGCCGUUCACUACUCUUCUGUACGCCAUAUCACCCGGCGCGUCCGUGAAUGCGUCGAGAGAAGAUAUCACAAGCGUUGACACAAGUGGCGCCGACUAUCGGCAGCAGGCCGCAGUUCCAAGGUCAAAGUCGCCGCACGCAGGUGAGGACGUCGCCGUGUACGCUCACGGCACCAUGUCGCACCUGUUCCGCGGAGUCUACGAGCAGACGUACGUCGCGCACGCUGCUGCCUUCGCCGCCUGCAUCGGUACGCACACCGACUACAACAGCGAGCACUGUCGGCAGGCUCACGCGGCAGCGGGAGCGCCAUUACUGCUGCCGUCGGACUCGAUGAGUGCUUUCGUGUAUGUUAUCGUACGUGUUUAUGUCAGCGCGUUGUUGGUGUUUUUCUUCUGAGAUUUCUUUACGAUUUUACGAUAAAUAUCGUGGUAAAGACGUCUUUUCAACGCCUACAUGUAUAUAUAUAUAUAUACAUAU